UUAACAUUAUUUUCGUGUUAUUUCUGUUAUUUUGUGAUUUUAAUCAUUGAAUGAAAUUCUAAAGAUCCGUGAAGUAAAUCAUUGCAGUUUUGUUCUUUGAGUUUGUCAACUUGAGCUUAGACACUAUCGUGCUUGCCCGUUCCAAUUGCUUUAGAGAAAGACCUUAUGCUGCAUACCUAUGGCUGUGCUAUUUUAACACAAAGCAGCAACACUUUAUUCCUUGAAAGAAGUUUGGAGGAAAUUUAAUCAAUAUGGAGUAAAAAUUCUUACUCUCAGUAACUGUAACUGUGCGACCCGUAUAGUAAUAUUCAACUUUUAGACUUAAUUGUGUGUACGUAGCGGGCAAAAGUGCUUAGCAGUGUCGGAAACUUUGAAAUUUACUUGAAUUUUUUUAUUGUUAAGUUCGCAUUAUUAUUGAAAUAAGUUGAAAAAGUUUUGAAGGACCGAAGAAUAUGUACUGAGAAAAUAUAUAAAAUGAAUUGAAUUAAAUGUUAAAAAAAUAAAAUUUGUUCAAUAAAAUUGACUGUGAAAAUAGCGAACGGAAAUGAAACGGAAAAUGAAAAUUCAGAUUGUAUCGCUUUGAAUAAUUGAAUUUUGCAAUAAUUCAACUUCUGCUCAUCGAUUUCAGUAUCGAAAAGAUCAAAUUAAUUAAAAUUUAAUUAAAUCAACAUAUCAGGCGAUAUACACUGCGUAUGAGCAACAUUAAAUUUUUUUGAUGUUCUCGGCAGAAAACAUAAGGCAUAGCCGCAAAUCUGCAACUGAGUGUGCUUGAUUGAAAAACAAUGAUUGCAAUAAGAGCAGCUACAACCACAACAACAGCACAUAAAAUAUCAACAAAAUUGAACAAAAUUUUAAAAUAAAACAUAAAACAAUAUGUUAUUUCCGACUUCGUGUGGCCCCGGGCCGCCGUUGAAUUUCAAUACAAAAUAUUCGCAUGAUUUAAGUAUAGAAGCCAAAAAGAACAACAACAGCGGCGGCAGCGACAUCGGCAGAAGCAACAACAACAGUAACAAAAUUAGUUCCAAUAAUCCAAGCAUAACCAACAACAUCAAGAGCAUUAACAUCAGCAAAAAUAAAAAACAUAAAAACUCUUGCAAACAACCAGUGCAGCGAUCUUGGCUACAACAAUGCAGUAACAAAAACAAAUACAAAAACAACAACAAUGGCAGCAGCGGCAGCAGCAAAGUUUGGCAUACCAAUAUUCUAACAACAGCUUCGAAUACUCCCAAAUGGCUUCUAAUGCUCGUAAUGCUUUUUGCUAUUUUGGCUCAAACAUCGCAUCAAGUAGCAGCAGAGAAAAGUAAACACUAUUACAUGCAAUCACUGUGUAAGAAUCACUUCCUGCAGCAGCUCUAUCGCAAAAUCGAUGGCGCUGUACUUUGGUCUCAGAACGAAAGGAACCUCGACUGCGUCAUCACCUUCCAGACUCAUUCGAUUCUGCAACGCUUCAUGCUUCGCUUCGAUAUGUUGCAACUGGACUGUAACGAUCAUUUGUACGUCUACGACGGAGCGCACGCGGUGGCGACACCAAAGGCUGAUAUCUCCUGUCGGAAUACAAAACAAACCGUCAGUUCCAUACUUACUCGCACCAAUUUUGUCACACUCAAAUAUGUCACUGAUAAUUGGGGCACAGACACGACAGGAUUCAAAUUGGUAAUAACAUCAGUAAAAGAUCCAAAACACACCUGUAAAGAUUUUACUUGCGCCACUCGCGAGUUUUGUAUUAAUCCAGAUUUACUCUGUGAUGGCAUUAAUCAUUGCGGGGAUAAUUCCGACGAAUCAGUACAUAAUUUAUGUCAAAGUGAAUCCACAAGCACAAUCUUUGGUGUUGAUAUGACGUGGUUUGUGCUGAUUGUCGUCACCAUUGUUUUGAUACUGUCCGCGGUCAUUGUUGGAAUAUCAAUUUGUUUCUGUCGAAGGCAGGAAGACGCAAACCUUAAUCAAAAUACUACAAUGCAAAUGCAUCACACAGCCGAAACAAAUGGCUCAUCAAAGCAUUUACACUACCAUCAUGGCGGUACAUUGUCACGAGAGCAUACGCAACUACCGCCUCAAACGUCGGGAAACUGGCUUCACCCUGCGGGACCAUCAGGGUACCUCCGCAUUCAACACUUAUUGAAGAUGGCCACCAAAGUCCGUCCCAUUUGGUGCUUGGCAAAUUCCGUCAAUUAGGUCAAGAUCUUUCACAAAACGCUGGCGUCAUUGGCGUCGUUAACCACACGAACGUUAAUCCAAAUGCAGCCGUCGGCACUGCACAAAAGGACGAAUGGUUCGUUUAAAACGCGACGUGUUAUACAAAAUGGCGCGUAUUCGUUCGUUUGUUCGUUCAUUCGUUUUUCUUGCGUUCGAAACAUUUUUUCAAUUAGAAACAAAAAAGUGAAAGUUUGACUUGGAAAUAAUAUUUAAUUAUAAUAUUAAACAAAAAAUACAUUUUUUAGUAUAACGAACAAAGGCAUGCGACACAUUAAAUUCAAUUGUUUUUUUUUCAAAAUUUUAAAAUUUAAAUUCGCUCCUGUUCUGUAGACUGUGUUUGCAUGGAUUUGUGCACGUUAAAAAAUAUUGAAGAAGAAAACAUUUUUAGAAAACAUCAGCAACUAAAAAAUUUUUUUUUGUUUAAAAGGAUAUUUGCAUAGCAUUAAAUGAAGACUGUACAACAUCAACAACAAUUAUAGUGGACAUCACCGCGCAGGGUGUAUUGAAAGAGAUUUUACGUACCCAAAUCUCUGAGCGUUGAGCUUAAAUUAAAUAAGAAUUUAAUUUUUGCGGGAUAAGCAACGCAAUUGUAAAUAAAUUAUAUAUAAAUA